AUGGCCCUGUGGAUGCGCCUCGUGCCCCUGCUGGCCCUGCUGGCCCUCUGGGCGCCCAGCCCUGCCCGGGCCUUCGUCAACCAGCACCUGUGCGGCUCCCACCUGGUGGAGGCGCUGUACCUGGUGUGCGGGGAGCGUGGCUUCUUCUACACGCCCAAGGCCCGCCGGGAGGUGGAGGGCCCUCAGGCGGGGGACGUGGAGCUGGGUGGAGGCCCCGGCGCCGGCAGCCUGCAGCCCCCGGCCCUGGAGGGGCGCCCGCAGAAGCGCGGCAUCGUGGAGCAGUGCUGCACCAGCAUUUGCUCCCUUUACCAGCUUGAGAAUUACUGCAACUAG